AUCCUGUUUCCCUUCCCAGCCUCCCACUUCAACAUUCAACUUUGCCCACUUUGCCAGUUGCCACUUUUAUAUUCGGUGUUUUUAUUGUUAGUUGUGCGGUUGUCUGCUGGUGGUACGUCACUGCGUUGUUUGUUUAGCCAGUUAGUCGAAGAUAAUAGUUUGGUCGGUGACGAAUUCGGAGUUUCGCGGUUUGUGGUAAUUCGCUGGAUGGUCGCUUGACUCAGAAUGCCCUUGUUUUUGACAGUGUCAAAUCGUAGUCAAAAUUUGGCGAUCAGUGCGUGCAAAGUGCGUACAGUGUACGGUGAAGCAACUUGAUGUACACAAGAUUGGCUCACUUCUUUUUUCCAAAAAAGCUAUUUCCUGAAUUAGCCACAUCGUGCCGUUACACAAUUAUGUGUUUUAGAUAACAAAAGUACAUGUAGGUAGAGACCAUGUCUCAGAGAAUCCUUCGUUGGUGAGGAGAGAGGGAAAUGAGCCUGUGUGACCCAUAUCAAGAGCUAGAGCUCUAUCUCGAACGGGCUAAAAAAGAAAUAACGCAAGUUUUUGAAAAUGGAACUCUUGAAUCGAAUUCUAAGUCAGCUCUCGAAGAGGAUGUUACCAAAAAUGAUAAAGUCGAAUAUGAAUUAGAUCCUUUCCUUGUACAGUUUAAUGCUACAAUAAAGUCAGAUUUGACGGAGUUACUGUCUAGAUAUAUAGAAAAACCAAAUGAAAAUGAAGUCGGUUAUGCUAUCGUCGACAAGAAACUUAACGACGUCGACGACGUUAAAUGGACUUUUGAAAAUCUUCCUUCAUUUAAUAAGGGUAGUGAUAUUUACAAUAACGACAGCGAGGACAAGUCUUUGUUGAGCGAAAAACUCUACAAUGGAUCCAGUUUUGAAUCAUUAUUAGGUUCCGUAAUCGUAUCCGAAAAUCGAAUAAAUGCAGCAACGCAAACAUCCCCCUCGUUAUCGCCAACGUCCAGUAAUUUAACGUGGGCAUCCGAAUGUUCAUCAUCCCCUUGCCUGACAUGUACGUCCGACAGCGAUUUAAUCGAUGAGGAUUCCCACUCGGCUUCGUCGGACGGAAAAGGGCAGUUUUUGUCUACGUGGAGUUAUAAACCAAAUUGGCAACAAAUCCUAAGUACAAAGUCUUCCUCGGCACCUGUUUUGAAGAAGGUGCCCAUCAAGGUGAGCAAACAAUCCCGAUCACAGUCGGAUCGACACCUGGCUGAAAUUGAAGCCGCGGAAGCAUGCAAGUGGUUACGAGCCACGGGGUUCCCCCAAUAUGCCCAAAUGUACGAAGAUCUCCAGUUUCCUAUCGACCUUUCGCCCGUUGCGCAAGAUCACCCUCUGCUAGAACCCGACGUUUUGAACUCUCUCUUCCGGAGAUUGCAAAUUUUGAACAGUUGUGUCCAUAUACACCAACAGAGGAUAGCACAUCCUAAUACAGACGAAUCCGAAGACGAAUGUUGCGCUUUGAGCGAUAACUGGACAUACCAGACUGACAUCAGGAGGUGGUCGCGGGCUUGCAAAAAUCAACCACCCGAACCCGACAAAAGCCAAGAGAAAGAUGAUGUGUUUGAACAAUGUACGGAAAGCCCUAAAGACAAGUUACGCAGAGCGGGUUCCACGAAAUUCCGGCGACGACGAAGAGAUGGCGUCAUUAUUAGCGAAGGUGGAUCACCGCUACUAGACUCUCUCACGCAUCAGUUAGCUGACCUAAAAACAUGUGAAUUAAAUCACAUAUCGGAUUCAGAAUGCACGCCGAAGCGGAGCCAGAGAACAAAAUCAUUCGAUAAUACAGACGCAUGGCUCAAUCCGCAAGUUCCAUCAGACGACAGAGCUCUAUGGCACGCUUUGCCGCAAGAAGAAGAACUAUCGCCUCAAAAAUCGGUCAAUUUGGAAAAUGGCGGCCCGUCUAUGUACACACUUUCGUGUACCCAGUUGCAAGUUCUAAGAAAACUAGCUCUUCUAAAACUUACCGCUCACAUGGAAAAGCAUUGCCCCUCGCACAGAACUGGCUGGAAUUGGGACUUGCCGAAGUUUAUCCGCAAAAUAAAGGGCCCUGUUUAUAAAGAUAGAUCUGUGUUCGGCGUGCCUCUUACAAUAACGCUUCAAAGAACCGGCCAAUCAAUCCCUAGAAAUAUAGAGGAGGCGCUUCAGUGGUUACAACAAAAUGCAGCUGACCAUGUGGGACUUUUCCGUAAAUCGGGCGUGAAGUCACGUAUCCAGCAACUAAGAAACAUGGUGGAUACCACUUCCGAAAUUCUAAACUAUAACGACCAACAGUCCUACGACGUGGCCGACAUGAUUAAGCAAUAUUUUCGAGAACUGCCCGAAACCUUAUUAACCAAUAAGCUUUCAGAAACUUUUAUUUUGAUCUUUCAAUAUGUACCGCCAUACCUCCGCCGUGAAUCCGUACUAUGUGCCAUUUUAUUAAUGCCAGACGAGCAUAUUGAAGUCCUUCAGUUUCUGCUGCAUUUCUUGCUAAAAAUCGCCGAACAUUCCUCUUCGAAUCAGAUGAAUGAAAGCAAUUUAGCUCUAUGUUUCGCACCGUCUUUAUUCCACUACUCGCAGAGUACUUUCAAACAAAAUUUGGGCUCUCCGCACCCGAAGGAACUUGCGGAAACUAGAGCCGGUCAUGACUGCUUGCUAUACUUCCUAAAAAAUUACAAUACUUUAUUUAAGGUGCCAAAGGAGUUUGUUAACCAGUGUAAAUCAAGCGAAUUCAGGGAAAGCAAAGCUGUAAAAUUGAGUGAAUUGGGUAAAAAUAUGGGUGGAUGGAAAGAGUACUUGAAUGAAUGCCAACUCGCGCUUUUGAAGGAAGUGAAAGAGCGCGGUCGAGGUUGGAUCGUUGUUUCUGGUCAUAAUCCAAAAGUAGAAAUAUCUUAUAAAAAAGUCGCUGACGGUCACCCUCUCCGUUUAUGGAAAGUUUCAGCCGAAGUUGAAGCACCGCCGUUAGAUGUUUUGCACAGAAUUAUCCGAGAACGACAUAUUUGGGAUCCUGACUUGCAUUCAGCUAAGAUCGUCUCUCAGAUUGAUAAAAAUGUUGAGAUCUUCCAAUAUGUUAGACGCAAGAUCGUUCCUCUUCCAAAUGAGGAGUACUGCGUUGUUCGUACCUGGAAAACCGAUUUGCCAAAAGAUAGUUGUUUAAUUAUUGAAACUUCCGUUGAGCAUCAGGAUGCUGCUGCUAUCCCGAAUACCGUGAGGGGGAUCGUCCUAGCGAGUAGAUUUCUCAUAGAACCUUGCGGAUCUGGACGAUCAAAAUUACUACAUCUUUCAAGAGUUGAUGCAAUGGGUAAAACGCCGGAAUGGUAUCAAAAAAAUCAUGGACAUCUGUGUGCCCUUUUUGUUGCGAAUAUCGUAAGUUCAUUUUACCACGUUGCUGUAGGACCAGAAAGUAAGGUAUAAAGCCAAAGAUGUAAAUAAUAAUGUUGCUAAAUUUAAUAAUUAUAUUUUUAUAUGAAGUAAUAUUAUUAUUAUAUCAGACACAUGUUGCAGUUAAUGAUAAACAGUUAUUAGUACCUACGUCAGAUUAAGUUGUUUUUUAUAUUAUUGAGCAUUCACACUAGUUAAGUUUCAUAUCGUACAUAUUAUAGGACAAGUUGGCACUUGCCAUUACGAAUUGGUCGCUAAAAAUUCGCUCACUGCUUUAAGUUCGCUGGUCAAGUCGUAAGUUAAUAACUUUCAUUAGCACCAUUAUUUUUCUAAUUUUUUAACGUAAAUUCUAAUUUAAGCUAAUUUCACAUAAUUUGUAAUUCGUACAAGGUGCCAGUUUUUCUGUAAUAUAUAUUUUAUUUUUAUUAUACAUAUUUGUACAAACUCUACACUGGGUACGCUUAACUGGUGAUAUUUUAAUCUUAUAUGAUUAGAGGGAUAUAGAUACAUGUGUAUUAUCGUUGUAUAACUAAAAACGGACACGACUACGCUUAUCAGUUGUUAUCGCCUCAAAUACAGGGUGGCAAAAAUUAAAAUGCGGUUAAACGCCAGACUUGUUUCUCACCAUGUUGAAUUUGUUUCAUAGUCGUCACUUUUAAAUUUAAGUACAAACUAUAACAAAUAACCAUUUUUAGACUAUCCAUGUAGAAUAUGCUAUUAUAACUAUAUAGGUUUACGGGUAUUAUCAUCCUAGAUGUGUAAUUUAUACGCAUUUAUUACUACAGCUUCACCAUGGCUCAGUGUAGAGUCUCGUUAAUCGUAAGUAUAUUUAGUUACCAUAACCACAUCUAAUACCUUUAUCACACAUUUCAACUGGGUGAGAUCAAGCUUGUCAAUGUUUAUGCUAGUCAGACAAAUUGUUUUUAGUCUUAUAUAUUAGGUAAUAUAUUUUUCCAUUAAUACAGGCCAGUAUUGUAAACUUUCCUAUUGUAAAUUCAGAAAAUAACACAAUGUAACGUACAGACCACAUAAACUUAUAUAUUCUA